CCAUCUCACUGCUAUAGUAUUGGGUUUGUCUGCCUGUGAAAAGGCAGUUGAGUUGUAUCUCUCAAACCAUGGCCUUCUGUCUAUGGUGAUCUGUAUACCUUUAUCUGGAGAACUGGAAAGAUCAGGUAUGGAGACAUCAUUAAUAAACAUGGAACCACCAUAUAAGAAUCACCGUUACUCUCUGAAAAUUUCUAGCAAAUCACUGUAUUCGCCAUCAAGUUACACAUCGAUAAUACAGAGACAAAACCUUGUCUGUUAUCUCAGAAACCCACACUAUGGCAGCCUUAUUUAUGCUGAUGGUCAUGGCGAAAUGUGGACAGACUGGAAUGACAUGUCCAAGUUUUUUCAGUACGGAUGGAGAUGUACCACUAAUGAGAACUCAUAUUCAGACCGCACCCUGGUAGGCAACUGGAACCAGGAAAGAUAUGACCUAAAGAAUAUUGUAAAGCCUAAACCCUUGCCUUCCCAGUUUGGACACUAUUUUGAAACAACAUAUGAUGCAAACUACAACAGGAAGACGCCACAACCAGUACAUAGAUUUAAACGAGAGCCUCAUUGGUUUCCUGGACACCAGCCUGAGCUGGAUCCUCCUCAAUACAAAUGCACAGAAAAGUCAACUUAUAUGAAUUGCUAUUCAAAACCUCUACCCACUCAUUACUCCUGGUGUGUAUAUGAUCCAAACAGGAACCAAUCUUAGGUUCCAGGAAUCUAAAAAAGAUAAAGUAGCUUCAUUUUUUUUUCUGGAGUAGACUGUAGAAAAGAGCACAUUCUACGAAGACUCAAACAUCACUCUUAACAUGAUUUCUGUCUAAAUAAAGCACAGCACACCAAAAAAAAAAUCUCUAUUUUUGUUUACUCUAACUAUCAUGGUGAAUUUUUUAGCAACUUAAUAAAAACCUAAACAUAUCUGGGAAGAGGGAAUUUUAAUUGAGAAAUUAUUUCCAUUGAUUGGCCUGUAGGCAAGCCUGCAAUGUGUGUAUAUUGUUAAUUAGUGACUGAUGUGGGAGGGCCUAUCCCACAGGGGGCGGUGCCUCUGCCGGCUGGUGGUCUGGGUGCUGUAGGAAAGCAGGUUGAGCAAGCCAUGGAGAACAAGGCAGCAAGCAGCACUUGGCCUCUACAUCAUGGCCUCUACAUCAGCUCCUGCUUCCAGUUUCCUGUCUUGAGUUCCUGCCCUAACUUUCCUAAAUGAUGGACAUAAAAGAUCUAAAUUGAAAU